GAAACAACAACCCUUAAAAAAUUCUGGCCGCGUCCGUACAUCUGGUCUCUCUUCCAUUUCUUCUUCACACCUCUCAAAUCCCAUCAAUCCUAAGCUCGUUGUGUCACAGUCAACUCAAACCCCCAUCUCUUUCAAUCUUCUCUAGGGCACGUAGCCACCCUAUUCCUCCCCCGAAAUUGUUCAAGAGUUCAAUAGCUGAACCCGAACCCGAACGUCCUCAACGUUAACCAUCGCUUUCCGUCAAGUCAACCAACCUACUUUCAACUAAUCUCCCACCUAGAAAAUCAUCAAUCACAAUGGCCACCACCGUGGAGAAAGUUGCUGACGCUGCCGUCAACGACGUUACGAACGCUCUGAGCAAUACCUCAAUCACUGGCAAGGACGACAACAAAGAUGCCGUCCACGCCAGCGCUGCCGAGGGUCGCCGCCUGUACAUCGGUAACCUCGCCUACGCGACAACCGAGGGGGAGUUGAAAGAAUUCUUCAAGGGCUAUCUUGUUGAAUCCGUCUCUAUCCCUAAGAACCCUCGCACCGACCGCCCUGUCGGCUAUGCCUUCGUGGAUCUUUCCACCCCUACUGAGGCCGAACGUGCCAUUGCUGAGCUCUCCGGCAAGGAGAUCCUCGAGCGCAAGGUUUCUGUUCAGCUUGCCCGCACUCCCCAGCCGGCUGGUGAGAAGGCUGAGGGUGCUACCAACGGCGAUGCUGGUGCUGAGGGCUCUCGCCGUCGUCCUUCUGGUCGUGGCCGCGGCCGAGGUCGUGGACGUGCCGGUCGCGCUGGUCGUGGCGGCCGAUCUGAUGGCGCCAAGGAUGAUGCCGCUACUACUGAGGCGGCCAACACUGGUGCUCCAGCCGACAAUGAGGUUCUUCCUCUAACCGACAUCACCAACAAGGCGGAUACUGACAAGGCUGAGAAGACCGCGAAGAGAGGUCCUGCUCGUGAGCGCCGUGAGCGCGGACCCCCUGCUGACGGCAUUCCUUCCAAGAACAAGGUCAUGGUUGCUAACCUUCCCUACGACCUGACCGAGGAGAAGCUGAAGGACCUCUUCCAGGACUACCAGCCUUCCUCCGCUAAGAUCGCUCUGCGACCCAUCCCUCGAUUCAUGAUCAAGAAGCUACAGGCUCGUGGUGAGCCCCGCAAGGGUCGUGGCUUUGGCUUUGUCACCCUCGCAUCGGAGGAGCUCCAGCAGAAGGCCGUCACUGAGAUGAACGGCAAGGAGAUUGAGGGUCGUGAGAUUGCUGUCAAGGUCGCCAUUGACAGCCCUGACAAGACUGACGAGGAAGCCAACAUUCCUCAGGAGCAUGAGACUAAUGGCCAGCAGGAGGCUGCCCCGGCUGCCGCCUAAAUGGCCUAGAAAUAUCUCGAUGACGAAGCGGCUUAAUUUCCCAUGAGAGAUGGAUUCCGAACCACUAUUGCUUAUUUUACGGAACGUCUUAUUUUAUGCGUCGAUCGAGAUUACGUGACGAAUUACGUCGGGGAUGGCUUCUUUCUUUGAGUUCACCAUAGUUACGCAAAUGCGCCAAGGCAGCAGCAUGACGUGGUCCCAGAUAUCGCCGGUAGCAAAGACUAUCAAAUAGUGUUUGCGUUUGGCUGGAGGACGUCUGGACCAUCAUGCUAGUUUUGGCACGUCCCCUUAAUUCACGAAUGACUUUGACAACCACCUCGAGCAUUUUCACGGGUUGUACACUAGGUGGACAACGGAGGGGGUACGGUAGGCUCGGAAAAGUUCUCGCGAGCAGAAUAGAUACGAUGAUUACGGAUUGAUGAUUCUACCUCUUGGACGUGACCUGAUGAUUAUGGAUGUAUGAAUUGUCUAUGUGAUUACCUAGUCACUAAUUAGGGCUUAUUAGUGAACUUGGAAGCAAAUGCAAGUUGAUAAUGCCUAGUUAAGUAUAUUAGCCGGAGCUUAAAGUACCAUGGAUAGCAUCCAUCAUAUUUGGUGUACUAGGUAGACUGAACGAAUGCCUACCUACCUAUCGGAGGGGUCCCCUUUUUUGGACACUGUUAUUCCAUCAUAAUCAAAGUAUACAUAGUUACAAAAAUCUAGCAUCCUGUC